GGGGACGGGGUAACAUGGAGAAUAAGGACCGCGGCGCUAAAUAAGGGAGAAAAAUUGGGGCAAAGCGGCUGGAUAUUCCAGCCAAUGCCCCUGGGCUUCGCCGACACAAACCUAAUUCCGUCAGCCGUCGCGAGCAGGCUUCGCGCGCCGCCGCUGCGAACCCUAGUUGAACUACACUCUAGGCAGGCAUUUAUCGGAGGGAGAGGGUCGGAACUUGAUCCUGCUGGCCGCACCUCGCCGGAGGCGGAACAGGAGAGGGUACGAUGACCGGGAAGGUUAUCCUGCCGGUUCCGGCUGUCAACGGCCGCUUGUUCACGGUGGGGCUGGUGAUCUCGUGGUACUCCUCCAACAUUGGCGUGCUGCUUCUGAACAAGUAUUUGUUGAGCAAUUACGGCUUCAAGUUCCCUAUCUUCCUGACUAUGUGCCACAUGACGGCGUGUUCGCUGCUCAGCUACGUCGCCAUCGCGUGGAUGAAGCUCGUUCCGAUGCAGGCCGUGCGGUCUCGUCUUCAGUUCGUCAAAAUCGCCACGCUUAGCCUUGUCUUUUGCGGAUCUGUCGUCAGCGGAAAUAUAUCUUUGCGUUUUCUCCCGGUCUCCUUCAACCAGGCCGUCGGCGCGACAACGCCCUUCUUCACUGCCGUGUUCGCCUAUAUCAUGACAGUGCGACGAGAGGCGUGGAUUACAUACGUCACAUUGAUCCCCGUUGUCACUGGCGUUGUCAUAGCCAGUGGGGGAGAGCCAAGUUUUCACUUAUUUGGAUUUAUCAUGUGCAUUGGUGCUACUGCUGCAAGGGCACUGAAAUCAGUUUUACAAGGGAUUUUAUUAUCAUCUGAGGGGGAGAAGCUGAACUCAAUGAAUCUUCUGCUAUAUAUGGCUCCAAUAGCCGUGGUCUUCUUGCUUCCUGCUACACUUUUCAUGGAAGAGAAUGUGGUUGGCAUUACACUUGCCCUUGCUAGAAAAGAUGUCAAAAUUAUUUGGUACCUCUUGUUUAACUCUUCUCUGGCAUAUUUUGUGAAUCUGACGAACUUCCUGGUUACCAAGCACACCAGUGCUCUGACUCUUCAGGUUCUUGGAAAUGCCAAAGGUGCCUUAGCCGUUGUGGUUUCAAUUCUCAUUUUCCAGAAUCCGGUCUCCAUAACAGGGAUGCUGGGUUACAGUCUAACGGUCAUUGGAGUUAUUCUCUACAGUGAAGCAAAGAAACGCAACAAAAUGAGCAGCUGAGGGCCCCCAACUAUAGAUGGCAACAAUUCCGCAAUGCUGGAGCUUUUAUUGCCAGGUUUUAUUCUACUCAGCUUACUUUUGCUUUGGCAAAGUUAUAUAUAUACACAUAUUAACAUUAGAUUAAUAUGAUUUUGGACUGAGAAAGAACAUGUUGAUAGAAGGUUAGUCAUCAUAUAUCAUUAGUUUGCCAAUUCUUUGAGGUAGAAUUAGGUCUUGUCGCUUACAGAACUUUCAAUUUUCUUGGAAAGAUCAUUCAAGUGCCUUCUUUCAACAUACAUAUCUUGUUUAUUGAUUUCAGAAGCAAAUUUUCUUUUUCAAA